CAGGCUCUGUGCAUUACAAGAUGAGGAGAGAUUAGAGCACAGUGGGUUAAUCUUUUGGCCUGCCAUCUGCCAGGUCCAUGAAAAUGAAACCUGAAGCCACGGCCUUGACCACCAACACACAGAAGUAACCUGACAGAAAAGGCCAUCUCCUGUCUAUUGAAAACUCCUGUUGGACUGAGAGGGCCCAGGAGUAACUCUUAAGAUGUCUCAUUGGAUUAGCUUGUGCGUGCUGCCUUUCACCUUCUCCAGUCGCACAGGAGCACCUAGAGAGCUGCAUCUCAUGUACAGGACUCUCGACGGAGCCGUCUUCAUGCACAAGCAGACUUUGCACCCUUUUUCUACGACAAUGGACCCUACAACUACAAUGGGAACAUGGCGCUGUUCAGCCUCUCAGAGGACACGGCUGUCGGUACACAGAUCUAUUGUCUCAAUGGCACAGACCCUGAGGGCCAGGAGGUGAGGUAUGGCCUUUCUUUUGAUCCAGGGUCAAAAGAAUACUUUAGGGUCAACUCCAAAACUGGAAACAUCACAUUGGCGGAAAAGCUGGACAGAGAGAAACAAGAUUCUAUUGACGUCCUUGUCAGCAUCACAGAUGGACAAAGCAAGGUUGUGGAAAGAGUCACAGUAUUUGUAAUGGAUGCAAACGAUGAAAAACCUGAAUUCCAAAACCUGCCGGCAAUCAUUGAAGUCCUGGAAACAACUGAGUCUGGCGGCAGCAUCUACAAAGUGGAGGCAGUGGACAAAGACACAGGUUCAGGGGGCUCAGUCAACUACUUCCUCCAGAAUGCUCAGUCCAGUUUGUUUGCCAUGGACAGAAAUAGUGGUGUCCUUCGUAUCAAAUCUGGAGAAACGUUGGACUAUGAGAAAACAAAGACACACUUUGUCACUGUCGUUGCAAAGGAUGGUGGUGGUAAUUUUAAUGGCAAGGAGCAGUUUAUGUCAUCCUCUGCUACUCUGACGAUCAACGUGAUUGAUGCACAAGACACUCCGCCAGCCUUUAUUGGGACACCGUAUUUUGGCUACGUUUAUGAAAUCUCAGUGGCAGGAUCUGAAAUAUUCACUGUCGUGGCAAAAGAUGGCGAUGUGGGAAGCCCAAAUCCAAUCCAGUAUUCCUUUGACAGUGGCGACGAUGGUGUUUUUAGCAUCAAUAAAACAAGCGGUUGCAUCACUCUGCUGACUGACCCCAUGUAUCUGAAGAGAGAGAUCUUCAAUAUUAAAGUCAUGGCAUCAGAAGUGAGUCCUGAAGGCAGGCUCUUGGACAGUGGGGCGACCAUACUGGUGAUCCGUGUGGUGGACCUGAACAAUAAUCCGCCUACUUUCUACGGAGAGAACGGCACCCAGAACAUGUUUCAGCUGACCAUGUAUGAGCAUCCCCCCGAGGGAGAGAUUCUCCGAGGGCUGAAAAUCACUGUCAACGACUCCGAUCAGGGUGCGAAUGCUAAAUUCAAUCUUAAACUCAUCGGACCAGGAAGGAUGCUGCGAGUCGUCCCGCAGACUGUCCUCAAUGAGGCCCAGGUCACAAUCUUAGUAGAAGACUCUGCUGCCAUGGACUUUGAGAAACACCACUUCAUCACAUACAAGCUACUUGCAGUUGAGAUCGAUACGCCCGAGAGGUUCAGUGCCACAGCAGACAUUGUCAUACAUCUCUUGGACACGAAUGACAACGCUCCCAAAUUCUCCUCCGAGUACUACAUCGCCAGAAUACCAGAAAACUCACCCGGUGGCUCCAAUGUAGUGUCAGUCACGGCUAUAGACCCAGACUCAGGACCUUGGGGUGAUGUGAAGUACUCCAUCUAUGGAUCAGGGGCUGAAUUGUUCUCGAUCCAGCCUGCAUCUGGGAUCAUCUACACCCAGCCGUGGGCGAGCCUGGACGCCGAGGUGAGGUCAAAGUACAACUUCUAUGUGAAGGCAGAGGACGCUGAGGGGAAGUACAGCCUGGCUGAGAUUUUUGUGACUGUGUUGGACCUGAAUGACCACCCACCUGCAUUCAACAAUAACUUCCUCGAGAAGACCAUGGUGAUUGGAGCACCAGUAAAAAUAGAGGCUGUGGACCAAGAUGCAGAAAUACCCAACAAUGUCAUUGAGUAUGCCAUCAUGAAAGCUGAGCCAGACAACAAUAUCUUUGACAUUGACGCUGACACGGGGGAGAUCAUGCUGAAGUCCUACAUUAAGUCGAUGGCUAUCAUUCAGAACAUCACCAAGCAGACAGACUGCACCUGGUCUCUGGUGGUGCAGGCCCGGGACCGCGGCAAGCCGUCCUUCAGCACCACUGCGGUCAUCAAGAUCGACAUCACUGAAGCUGUGAAAUCCAGAUUUGUCUCAUACUUCCUGGGCCUCAGGAAGCGUCCAGGGGCUGUGUUUGGGAUUUGUUUCACCGCUGUCACCUUCGCCAUUUCACUGACAAUCUUCAUUUCAACUCUUAUAUACUGGAACUCUGUGAAAAAGACCCGUGUACAGUCUAAAGGCAAGAUCAGAAAGAUUAUAAGGAGGUCUGUCGUAUAAAUGAAACUGACCUUGAGAUCAUCAGCACAGCAGUACUCAACUCUGUGGUAACAAGUAGCAAAUAUUUUUCAAAGGUUUUUGUCGUAGAGCAGGGCUGUGUCUGUGAAAGAGUACAAGAGCACAAUUUUCCAAUUUUUCUUGUUUUUGUCCUGAUUUAGUCCUCACGUAGGACACUAAAACCAAGUUCUAGUUUUCGAUUUUUAAUUAGAUUCAUGAACAUGUAUUCCCAGGUGCUGGAUGGUCUCAGCUACAGGUCGCCCAGUCAACCUCUCUGAUCUUGUCUUGACAAAGCAGAACUUAAAUCAUCAUUUUAAGUAAGAUUAAUUUGGCAUUCACGAGGAAAACGUAAAAUAGUUUGGACACAAACUGUAUUAUGGCAAUACAUUUGCAGUAACUGCGAUCUGUAUUUACACACAUAAUUAUUUCGGCCAAACGUUACCACAAAACAUAAAUGGGACAAUAAUAAUAAGUUACUUUUUGUGUGACAAACUAUGACUUCAGUCCCAUAUAUGAAUUCUUCUUGUGCUCUUUUACAGACCCAACUCAGUGGGGGGCCUUUGGGAUCAUUUUUGCAAAGUAGAAACAAUCCAUUUCAAAUCCUAGGCCUGCUUGCUAGUGCUAUUAGUCUCAUGGUCGUAGUCACAGUCAUCAUCUCCACUGCAACAUUCAUGCGCAACAAAAAGUCCAACCGGAUUCUGCCUAACCGCCGCGUGAGGAGGAGGAAACAAAACCCCUGGAACCUCAACAACCCCUUAAAGAAACCAGAAAACCCCGCAGAGAAAUUCAGAGUAGAAGAGGAGGA